AAAUGGAUUGCAUUCUUAAAAACCUAGCUCUCGUGGAACUUAUAAAGAAAGAGGAAAGAUAUUACAAACUGCAAACUGAGGUCACCGUCAAUCCUUUUAGGAAAGUACAUGUCCUCGCAGAUAAACCCAUGUCCAGAAAACCCCCUGACGAAACACCAGAGGACACUGCCUUUCUUGAGGCUUACAGAAGGGCCCGUCUGGAACCCAAUAAGAAAUAUCCCUUGCCCCUCACUGAAAGUCAAGAGAUUGGAUGGUUUUCCAAUGAACUGAUGGAAAAGAACCAUCAAGACCCGCGAUUCGACUUCCGGAGGCGCAAGACGGAUAUCACAGACACUCAAAAUCUCAAACUACGCUCAAAAUAG